AUGUCCCGCUGGCGCUUGCGUCUGUCUUUCCUGGCGCUGCUGCCUUUAGCUUUGCUUGCAGAAAGCCUGGGGCACUGGACACAUCCGUCUGCGAGUUUCGACUUCCCGAGGUUCCAAGCUCUGCUGACCUCGAAGGCUUUGUGUCGUUCUCUGGUGUACCGCCAGGUGACCCCAACGACCAUGGAACUGGCAGCCCGCGAACUUGGCGAAGGGGCUCCGCAUGGCACGAUCGUCUUGGCGGAAGAGAUGACGCAGGGACGUGGGCGCAAAGGCGGCCGCUGGAUUUCGCCUAAGGAUGGGAACCUUUAUGUCACUCUCAUUCUCCGUGCUGCGGGCGAGCCAUCUCGAAAUGCCUACCGACGCUCGCAGGCCAACUUUGCAACGCCACUUGCCGUUGCACGGGCCGUUAAGGGUAUUGAAUCUGAACCCGCACUAAACCCGAUGAUUCGUUGGCCUCGGGCCGUGGAGAUUGGCGGCCACAAAGUGUCCGGAUCACUCAUCGAGGUGCACGAUGAGGAAGGGGUCGAGCACUAUGCGGUAGGCAUCGGUAUCAAUGUGAACGCCGAGUUUUGCAACAAUGAGACUUUCUCGCAGAACGUGACAAGCUUGCGUUGCGCAUCGCAGAAGGUGAUCGACCGAGAACAGCUUCUGGCACAGGUUUGCGGCAAUUUGGAUGAGCUUCUGGAUACGUCACCCGAGGACUUGCAAAAGCAAUAUCUGCAAUGGCCUUCUGUCACAGAGCUAGACAGCGAGGUCUCCCUCCUGAAUAAGACGAGCAAGCAGCCAAUAGUGGAUGGCAAAGUCCACGGAAUUACCCCUGCAAUGGAUUUGGUCGUCCAGGCAGACAACGGAAGCCAGAUUGAGGUGUCGGAAGUGGGUACCAUCACCGUCUUUCCGAAAGGUCGACGUUACAGGGCCGAGUUGUGA